GCUUCUCUGAGACACACAAAAACUGAAGUUACAAACGUGACUGAAGAAACAGUGGCAAAUAGACAGCUCUCAGAAACCAAAGAGUUUGGCAUUUCUUCAGUUGAAGAAGAGAAAGUGCCAGCAUCUAACGAAAUAAAAAAGGCAGAAACCAAAUUAGUUCAUCCCAAAAGACGUAAAAUCCCAAAACCUCUGGAGAUCGAUGACAGAACAGUUAGAGAUCUACCUUCUGAAACUGUUUCUCUUAAACACACAAAAGCUGAAGAAAAUACUAAUAAACAAAAAGUUAAAGUUUCAGAUGUGACUGAAGAAAGAGUGGCAAAUAAGGAGCUCUCAGAAACCAAAGAGUUUGGAGUUACUUCAGUGGUAGAAGAGAAAAUGCCGGCAUCUAACGAAAGACAAAUCGCUGAAAGCAAAACAGUGUAUGCUGAAGAACAUAAAAUCACUGAACCUCUGGAGAAAGAUCUAACAUCCAAAGCUGUUUAUCUGAAACAAGCAAAAGCGGAAGAAGAAACAACUAAAACAGAUGUUUCAGUUCCACCUUUACCAGAAGAAACUUUCAAACAAUCUCAGCAGAUAUCUGAAAAGGUCUUAGAAACUAAAGAAAUGGUCGUGGUACCAACUGAUAAGAACACUAUUUCAAAGAAACCAAAGUCCUCAAAUGAGAGACAAAAACAAACCAAAUUGGUUAAAGUGGCAGUGAGUGAAUCUGUUGAAGAAGUGAAGCAGUCAGAAAAGGCAGUUAAAAAAGCUCCAAGUGUAAAAACAGAUACAAUUAUUGAGACUGAUGUCCCACAACAAAUUGUAAUAAUUGAAUCUGAUGACAAAGAUGUUGGACCAACAAAACAAAAGGAUGUUCCAAUUAAAGAAAUUAGCAACGUGUUAUCCCUAGAUAAAAAGGAGAUGCAGGACAAUUGGAAGAAGGUUGACAGUGUCGGACCUGAGGAAACUCUUAAAAUAAAAUCUACAACUAGAGAAGAGAAAGCAGCUAUGACAGAAGACAAGAUAAUACAAAAGGACCAAACAAAGUCAAAGCAGAUAGAAGAUAAUGCCCAGAAAUUAGAAAAAAGACAAGAAGAGCGCGCAUUCCCAAUAGAAAAAUUGUCAAAAAUUGAGAAAGUCAAGCAUGAUUUCGGAACUGUGACUACUUUAACAGAGCCCAAACUGGAACUAAUCAAAAGUACGAUUCCAGAGCCGCCUUUGACAAAUGUAAUAAGAAAGUCUGAAGUUGUUAGUGCUAAAGAUGAACCGGAACAACCAGAGCCAGGGAAAGUAAGGGCAGAAGACAAACGCAGCGCGGAUACAAAAACAACAAGCAGACAAAAGCACAGCGGAGAUUUGACAUCGACAAAAACAGAGACUGAUGUGCUAAAGAAGAAUGAUGCUUUGAAGGAAACCACAACCGAAGAACCCAUGUUUGAAGAAGCGGAAAUUUUGACCAAAGAUACGAAGGCAAAGAAAUUAAAACCUUCUAAAAAGAGUGAAGUAAGACCUCUGUCUUUUGAGUCUGAGACAAGUGUAGUCCAACUUCAAGAUGACAGAGUCUCUUUGGGUGAAGACAUCCAAACGGAUGAGGACCAGGAUAAAGAAAAGUUUUCAAGAGUAUCUGCAACAGAAGUGAAAGCAGAAACAUCAAUGCAGGUAUUGGAAGGACAGGCAAAAUCUGAAACCGAUGAGGUGAUGUCAAUUAAAAGGGACUUUUAUGAGAUAUAUGAUAAACCUGGAGUUGCCUCGGGAUUGAUAAAAGAAGAAAUAAGGAUCAAACAACUGGAACCCAAAGACCAAUAUCAAGAUUUAAUAGAACCAAACCAAGUGAGUCUUAAAGGAGAAGACAGCGUUUUAUAUCAACUGAAAGCACCAGAGGUCACUUUAGAAAAUUAUAACACUCAAGAUCUUCACUUUAAGUCCGAAGAAUCCAACCAGAAACAAGAUGAAAGAAAAGCAAAAGGUUGUCUAGUAACUGAGGCGAUAAAAACUGAAGAGACUUCACAACCUCAAACAGCUAAAGAAAUAUCAGAAACCACAGCCAAAAAUGUUAAAACAAGAAUGUCAAAAAGUCAUCCAGAGGAGGCCAUCUUUAAACCCCAACUCAGUGGUACGCCUUUUGAUAGGACAAAGACAGAAGUAGAGACGAGGGGCAUUCAGUCGGCGAAACCAACAGUGAAGAAAACAGCCGAUGAUUUAAAAGUUUCCCUUGAAGAAUUUCAGUCAGAAAUAGUCCUAGUCAAAGAUGAUUAUAAGUCACCUGUGACCUUGGUAACAGACACACGGCAGAAAGAAGCAGAAAGUAGCUUUUCGCUGGCUUCUGACGUUGAUGUUGCUCCGGUAAGAUCUCAGUUGUUGAAGGACAGAGACGCUGCGUUAGAAGAUCUCAAGGUUAGAGAUGUAGAGACAAAGGAUAUUCCGUUGGAGAAGCUAAAAGAAGUGCAAGAUGCAAACAUCACACCACAGUCUACACUAACUGCAGUGGUAGAUGAUACGGCUACACCAUCUGAAACGUACAGUAAAUCAGAACAUGUGGAGAAAUUUGGUUCAGUUGCUCCAGUAAUGGAGGUACCAUUUGAGCAACAUCUUUUGGUUGAAAAUAAAGAUUUAAAAUCUCGGGCUUGUGUUAGAGAAGCUCUCCCGAUUUUGGAGGCUUCCGGGGAUAACAUUGCGAUUUCGACCCAAAAAUUGGAGAAUGUUGGUAAAACUCCAGAAUCUGUGGCUGACACAUUAUCGAGAGAAAAAAAGAGACCUUCUGUUACUCCAAAUACUGAACCAGAAAUGAUCUUAGACAGAAGUGCUUCACGGACAAGUACGUUUCAGUUGCCAGAUAGUCUUGUUUCUGACAAACCGGUAGAAUGUGAAGUGAAAGAGAUUCUGCUGCAAGAAAGUGUUCAAAUACUCGAUGUUGUUGAUAAGAGACCUAGCGAUUCCGUAAAGAAAGGCCACUCAAAAACUGACCAAAUAAGUGAUAAAACUCUGGAGAAAUCUAGACCAAAGCCCCAGAACAUAAAGAUUCAUGAGAAACAAGUACAAAAGCAGCCACUGAGUUUAGCAACAGAAUUGGAUUCAUUGGGGGAGGGCAGUGUUUCAGAACAACUACCCACAUCUGAAAAACAGACAGAAGCAGUAACAGGAAAACAUCUAACAGCUCAGGAAGAAAUGAAAGAUGAGAUAUCCAAAAAAUACAAAGUGUCAACAAAAGCAAAGCCCGUUGAACCUUCAGUAACAGAAAUGCCCAAAGCAAAUAUCAUUCAGACAAAGACCACACACCACAAAUCCCACGCUCCAGAAGUUUGGGAAGAGAAUUAUGAAUUCCCACCACAGAAUGUUCAGAGAUUAACCAGAGAAGAUGAAGAACCUCCAGGACUUCACUCAGUGCCUGAGACCAGACAGUUGUCUCUGAAAGCAGAACAAUCAUCCGGAGGUACACAGAGACGUUAUAUCUGUGUCACUGAGCACGACUUCUUUCUUUUGUUGCUGUCUUGUUUUGUUUUUUUGGCAUUGGCCACCACACUUGGUAAUCACACUUUCUGUUUCCAUUGUUUUCUCCAAGAGGUUUUAAGAUAUUUAACUGUUUUUUUUUUUCCCAGAGCACUUCCAUGUCACAGCACACAUCAUGUUUGAAGAUGUCUGUUUUCUUGCCCUGCACAGCGUCUGAGAACGCGUUCUUGUUCUUUCAACUAAUUUUGUCCGUUGAGUUUGUGUUGCUGCACAAACACGUAUCAGGAUCUUCCUUCUGGCACAUCUUUCAACCACCAAACUUUUCUUUGCUCUAAUAUCUCUGCAUGCCUCACUGUCAGACCACACCAUUUUUUUAUGUUGCUCUGAUUGUUGUAUGAUUUGA